CUCGUUUGCUUCAGACUCUCUUGUAUAUCCGCCGCUACUAUGACAGACUCGAAAGACAAGCAAAAGGCCACUGAAUCCCAGUCUCCAGAACCCGAGGAGCAGCAGAAACAACGCUCUCAGUCGGUAGAAAGCGAGAACGAUGUUACGGGGUCAAAUGACAGCCAAAAUGGUGGAAAGUCGACGCGUUCUGAGUCGGAGGCGGCCGAGGAAGGGUCAAAGGAUGCUCAGGGACAGGGUUCCGCAGACGGCCAGGGUGCGACACAUGGUUGGCAGGCAAUCUACUCCCCACAACACAAUGCCUACUACUUCUACAACAGCAUAACGCAAGAAACGACCUGGGUGAAUCCCUUGCAGCCGGAGGCGUCUGGGUCGGGUACGACGUCUGAAACCGCGGGUGGUUCCGAGUCUGGGCAACAAGCGGGAGAUGCAGAUGGUUCAGCAGCAUCGUCGUCGUCGAAGGAUGCAGGGUCGGAGCAGCUUGCUGCAGGACCGAGUUCGUCACACUAUAGUGCCCUGCAAGCAGCUGCUAUCGCGCAAGGGAUUGAUCCUGCACUGGCGCACCUCGAUCCUUCGUUAUUGAGCUCUGUGCCUGGACGACCUGUCGAUGCUUCUGGGAUCCCACUCUUCACCGCAAAGUUCAAUCGGCAUACGGGAGCCUUUGCUAAAGCAGACUCGAGGGAUCCAGGUCAUUUCUCAGAGUACGAGAGGGCGAAACGCAUGAGCGAGUUCUACUUUGACGUUAAUCAAUGGGAGAAACAACUUGCGGAGCAGGGUGGGAGUAUCAAGGGUGACGAGGCAGGGAAGAAGAGGAAGAGGCUGACGAAGGCUGAUAUGGAGCGGUUCAAGGAGCAGAAAAAGCAGAAGAAGCUGGCAAAGACAGCUUGGCUCAGGACAUAA